AUGGCAGACGACUCACGAGACACCAGCCCUCUCCAGGAGGCUACUGAUAUCCCCCGCUCCUUCAACGCAAACCCGGGUGCGAAGAAAACGAAACACGAGACCUCGUCGUCACAAACCGGCAAGCUAUGGGAUGCUUUUGGGAAUCCUGAAGAACCCGCAAACGCCCUCGCAAAAGCAACAUAUAAGCCUCCAGGCAAGAACCCUCAAGAUGCAUCAUACUCUGAGAUUAUCGGCUCAGUAUCUCUAUCCGAACUGUCUACCAUUCACAAGAGGCCGUGUGCCCGUGAAUCUUUAAUGACCGGAAUUGGCGUUGGAUUCGGGGUUGGUGGUCUACGUGGUGUGCUGAAGGGACGCUACUAUUUGUGGUCUGCGGGCAAUUGGGCUGUCGGCAUGUUCGCAAUCAGCUCGUUGGCAGCAUAUGAGUUUUGCCGUUACCGACGAAUCCAAGAAUUAAGCGGCAUGGCGGAAGCACUCGAUCUCAUGAACCAAUUGAAGGCCAAGAAACAAGGCGAGAAAGAUCGCGCGGAGGAAGAGGCAGCAUUGCGUGCGCGCCUUGCUGAGGAGGAAAGGAAGAAGAAGAGCUGGACCAACCCUUCCAACUACAAAUUUUGGUAG